AUGACAAAGGCAUCAAUCAAGGCCAAAUAUCCAUAUAAUCUUGGCUCAUACGGGAAAGUCAUUACAACUACAAGUCCUGAAGCCCAAAUAUGGUUUGACCGGGGCCUUGUGUGGGCAUAUUCCUUCAAUCAUAAAGAAUCAGUCAUCUGUUUCAACCAGGCAUUGGUGCAUGAUCCAUUAUGUGUGAUGGCCUUCUGGGGGUUGGCCUAUUCUCUCGGUCCCAACUACAACCAGCCCUGGGACUUCCUCGGCAGCGACUUGGCAGCCGUCGUGGAAAACACAUAUCGAGCGGCAAUCAAAGCUCGAUUCCUCGCUCCAAAUGCAUCUCCCCUGGAACAGGCCCUCGCCAAGGCAAUUUCCGCCCGAUAUCAAAGUGAUAAGCCUGCUAGCAUGGAUCAAUAUGCUAUUCAAAAUCUUGCAUAUGCCGAUGCAAUGAAAGAGGUAUACGAAGAGUUUACAGAUGAUUUGGAUGUUGCCACUCUGUACGCUGAUUCCUUGAUCAGCCUUACGCCAUGGAAAUUGUGGGAUAUGGUGACCGGGACACCAAACCCAGGCACUCGGACCAUGGAAGCAAAGAGAGUGUUAGAGACAGCUCUCAAACAGAAAGAUGCCCACAAACACCCUGGUCUUCUGCAUAUCUACAUUCAUCUUAUUGAAAUGUCGCCUUUCCCAGAAUUAGGCCUCCGACCGGCAGAUCACCUCCGUGAUCUUGUUCCAGAUGCCGGUCAUGUCAAUCAUAUGCCAUCCCAUCUAGACGUUCUAGUUGGAGACUAUCGAAGUGCUGUGCGCGCAAACCAGCGUGCCGCGAUUGCAGACGAGAAAUAUCUGGCGCGGGAAGGCCCAUUUAAUUUCUACUCCGUCUAUCGCAUGCACACCUACCACUCGCUCAUCUACGCAGCCAUGUUUGCAGGUCAGAAACAGGCUGCAUUUGAAGCCGUGGACCGCAUGGAGGCGACUUUGCCGAAAGAAUUGCUCUCCGCCAUGGCAGACUACAUCGAGUUCUUCAUGUCUGUACGCGCACACGUCAUGGUACGGUUCGGCAUGUGGGAAGAGCUUAUCGAAAUUGCCAUCCCCUCAGAUCCAGAUCUGUACUGCAUGACGAUAGCGACAUUGCACUACGCCAAGGGAGUGGCAUAUGCGGCUACUGGGAACGUGCCUGAUGCAGAGCGCCAGCGAGAGCUCUACCGGGCGGCGCGGAAACGUGUCCCCGAUACGCGCUUGGACUGGCCCAACAAGUGCGUUGAGAUUCUAGGGGUGGCGUCGGAAAUGUUGGACGGCGAGAUCGAGUACCGCCGGGGGAACUACACGGAGGCUUUUGAGCAUCUACGACGCUCGAUUGAAUUGGAUGAUGGAUUGGGUUACAGUGAGCCCUGGAGUUGGAUGCAGCCUACCCGCCAUGCAUAUGCUGCUCUUUUGCUAGAGCAGGGCCAUGUCGAGGAUGCAGCGGCUGUCUACCAGGCUGACCUGGGUCUUGAUAGCACUCUUAUCCGUGCUCGUCAACAUCCGAAUAAUGUAUGGGCUUUGCAGGGCUACCAUGAAUGUUUGGUACGUCUUGGUCGGAAUGAAGAGGCGCGUAUUAUUGCGCCGCAGUUGGCGAUAGCGGUCGCUGUGGCUGAUGUGCCAGUAACUGCUCCAGCAGAAAACGAGAAUGCAGUUAUCGACCUAGUCGCCGAGGUGGUCCUCGAAGAGGAGCCCAUAUCAGAUGUCACCAGUGAAAUUGAGCCAUUUCUGGAUAACAUGAUCGGUAUGGUCUCGCCAUUCGCUGGGGUCCACAAUCUCGAUCUCUCCCCGGAUUAUCUGUCAAUUGCGGAUGGAGCCCACCAGAUCUGGGGUCAACUAACCCCGCAUGGUGAUGAUACUUUUGAGUCAGUCCCUGCACACAAUGUGGGGUCAUCGGUAAUACGCGCCUAUCAAUCUGAAGCCGAAAUUGCCAAUGCCUACUAUAUUUAUAUCCACCCGUAUUUACCUUUGUUGCCGCCUCAAGUGGGACCGCUCCAGGAAGAUCGCCCUACUAUGAUCAGGCCAUUUGGGGAAAGUUCUCAAGCAGCAAAGUCACAUAUGCCUUACUGGCCGACAUCAUCUCUGAGUCUUGCUCUGUCCGCAAUGCUAGUCCUCAUACCUACAACUGAAGACAAAUUUCCGAUGGCCGAAACGAACCUUGCUCUUAGGCGGUCGUACGCCCAGCUAUUUGCCCAUGCGGCACUGGCUGCUGCGGAAACCGAGACUGAUGAUUUGGUACCCGCUCUGAAGACUAAUCUGACUGAGACUGAAUCAUUAGGACUAGAUGGAUUGCAUCCGCAGGUACCUAUUCAGCUCUCUCCGGUUCUGGCUCUCGUGGUCCUUGCCAUUUAUGAGUAUUGCCAGCGUGGUAAUAUAUCCAGAAUGCGGGCUCGAGGUAACCAGGCUAUCACAACUGCUAUGGAUAUCUCCAUUCAUACUCUUGAUUCCACGACAACACGUUAUUCUGAGGCACAGAGACGAGCUUGGUGGAUGACUAUAUGGAUUACAUAUCUGUCGUCGAGCCUCCAUCUUUCUCCACCAAUUGUUUCAUUGAAUGAUCCACGAAUAACUACUCCGUAUCCCAAAUUUGACGUUUAUCUCGAGCCAUGGCCCAUGAUGAUGAAAUCACAAGCAGCUCUUUACGAGUCCAGCAAAAUGGUCCAAAACAUCGAACGAGUAGGCGAGACAGCCGUUCCCCCCGAUUUCGGCACUCGAAUACGCAAUCUGGAUUCGGAACUUGUAUCUUUAAUAGGCGAAGCAGACCGCCAUCUUCUAGCGACAUUCGACCAAGAGCCAGAAGCAUCCGUAGCCCAAACAAUGUGGAUGAUCAGUCGCAUGUUCAUCCAUGCUUCCCGCAAUCGACUGCACCGCUUCCGAGCAUUCAUGGACAUCCCUCUUUUCCUCGACAAAUACUGCGAUCUUGCAGCAAUCAACAGCGCAAAUUUCCCCCACGAAGCGUCUCCGCCUAAAUGGGUGACAGACUGCGACAUUUCAUUCCCGUUCACCGAGCAGGAAUCCUCUGUUAUUUGUCUCAAGUCUGCGCUCGUGAUAACGACAAUAUAUCGCAACUUGCCGUAUCCGGAUCCACUUGCGUCGGUCCCUUCGAGAUCCACGAUGUAUCCGAAAACCAUUCCUUACUUUGCUUGCUCGGCUAUGCAAAGCUGCUAUGCUCUUCUCAUGCUAUUACACCGGCUGCGUGCGUCGCUAGCCACGGAUCGGCUUGCAAGUUGUUAUCACCUGCUUCAGGACCCUACUCCUGUAUCGGAGAUUGCUGAUGCUGAGAGAUUGAGGGAGGAGCUGCGACAUGGAGUGGAAAUCCUUGGUAGAUCUUUGAAAUCCGAUGUGAUUUUUGAGGGUGUUGGCGGGAUGGGACGGGAAAUUGAGGGCGCUUAUCUGGCUGCUUUUCCUGAUUGCUUUGAGAUCUAUAUAUAG